ACACGGGUUGUGCCCUAGCUUGCGCUGUAAUAACCAGUGGCAGGUCCUUUCUGCUUAUUGGAUUGAGCUAGUGCUGAAGGACCUCCAGAACUUUCCAAUUAUCUGCUGCUUUCUAUGUGGUUUAUGCCUUGGUUUUCCACAGCACUCCUCCUUCUCAGAUUUUUGCUGAAGCUGCUCCACAUCCCAGUCCCAGGACUACCCUUUCCGUACUCCAUUAACAUAAAGCCCAUCAAAAUUUCCCCUGAUGCUGGCUUUCCCGCCUCGCCUCCUUGAAAGGGUCCAGUGUGAUGAUGGCUGGAACAACUUUUAAUAAACGACUAUUAGUCAAUUAUUCAAGGGGAAGUCUGAGCUGAGCCUGUAGAUCUGGUCCCCAAACCUUUCCGACAAGCCAGACUAAGGGCCAGGCCAGGCCCCGCCCCUCGAGAGGCUCCAGGGGUCCGGCUCCGCCCCAUGGGGCGCUCCAACAACCCUCGGGACGUCCAACGGCCGGUCCAACCCCGCGUGCGUGCGCGGCCCCGCGGAGACGUGCAGACGCCCGUGUCGUCCGAGGCUGAGGUGGCAGCGGCCCUGCGAAUAUGGAGCUACCGCAGAUGCCGGAGUUGAUGGGGCUGUCGCUCUUGCUCGGGCUGCUGGCGCUGAUGGCGACGGCGGCAGUAGCGCGGGGGUGGCUGCGCGCGGAGGAGGAGACGUGCGGCCGGUCCGCCGGCCAAAAAGCAAAUGGAUUUCCACUUGACAAGUCCUUGAAAUCCAAGAAGCAGAAACAGAAUCAGCGGAUUCGCAAGGAGAAGCCUCAGAAACACAACUUCACUCAUCGCCUCCUGGCAGCAGCACUGAAGAGCCACAGUGGGAACAUAUCUUGCAUGGACUUUAGCAGCAAUGGCAAGUACCUAGCUACCUGUGCAGAUGAUCGCACUGUCCGCAUCUGGAGCACCAAGGAUUUCCUGCAGCGGGAGCACCGCAGCAUGAGAGCCAAUGUGGAGUUGGACCAUGCCACCCUGGUGCGCUUCAGCCCUGACUGCAGAGCCUUCAUCAUCUGGCUGGCCAAUGGAGACACCCUCCGGGUCUUCAAGAUGGCCAAGAAAGAGGAUGGGGGCUAUACCUUUACGGCCAUCCCAGAGGAUUUUCCUAAAAAGCACAAGGCACCCAUCAUCAACAUCGGCAUUGCCGACACAGGAAAGUUCAUCAUGACCGCUUCCAGUGACACAACUAUCCUCAUCUGGAAUCUGAAAGGUCAGGUGCUGUCUACCAUCAACACCAACCAGAUGAACAAUACACAUGCUGCUAUAUCCCCUUGUAGCAGGUUUGUGGCCUCGUGUGGUUUCACCCCAGAUGUAAAAGUUUGGGAAGUCUGCUUUGGGAAAAAAGGGGAUUUCCAGGAAGUUGUGCGAGCCUUUGAACUGAAGGGCCACUCGGCAGCUGUCCACUUCUUUGCUUUCUCCAAUGACUCUCGGAGGAUGGCUUCUGUCUCCAAGGAUGGUACAUGGAAACUGUGGGACACCAAUGUGGAAUACAAGCAGCAACAGGACCCCUACUUGCUGAGGACAGGCUGCUUUCAAGGGGCGAGCACCAUGCCGUGCCGCCUGGCACUCUCCCCUGAUGCCCAGGUGUUGGCCUUGGCCAGUGGCAGCAGUAUUCAUCUCUACAAUACACGGCGGGGUGAGGAGGAGGAGUGCUUCGAGCAGGUCCAUGGGGAGUGUAUCACUGACUUGUCCUUUGACAUUACGGGCCGGCUUCUGGCCUCAUGUGGGGACCGGGCAGUGCGGCUUUUCCACAACACCCCUGGCCACCGGGCAGUGGUGGAGGAAAUGCAGGGCCUCCUGAAGCGGGCCUCCAAUGAGAGCACCCGCCAGAGGCUGCAGCAGCAGCUGAGCCAAGCGCGGGAGGCCCUGAAGAGCCUGGGUGCCUUGAAGAAAUGACUCUGGGAGGGUGUGGCUGGAAGGAGCUGGCCUGCUCCACCUUCCUUCCCAGGUGCUCCCCGCGGGAACCGUUUUGGAAAGGCUAUCCUCCUGUUCUUAAUGGUGGCCCAUCUCUCCCUUUCCCCAUUGAAAUUAUUCUUGUGUACUUAGAUUUCUGUCUUGCUCACUGGUUGUGACUCCUGGCCUUACUUGACCUCCCAGGCUAAUGACCAAAGGUGCUUCUCUUGUUCCUGGGCUCACAGGGUAGUUAGGGUCUGUCUUCACCAGUCACUGAGGAGAGUGGUGAAGAGAUAAAACGCCCCUGACCUUGUGGCAGUGCACCCUGGUACCCAGAGCAGUCUGUAACUGUGGAGACAGAGCCUGGGGUACCCCUGAGUGUUAGGCAGGGGUGGGAGAUGGGGAUAUCUUUCAGUGACACAGCUGGUAUGCUGUCUGGGACAGCUGGUCCAAGCCCAGGCAAAGUGCCUAACUCCUCCGAAAGGUCAUUAAGGCAUUUCAUUCGGUGCCUCAGUUUUUUCAUUUGUAAGAUGGAGAAUAAUCCUCUCUUGACCUUACAAGGAUGUUGUGAGGACAUGAGAGUAUAAAGUCUCUAGAUUCAAAGAAAAGAGGAAAAGAGUAAUGAUAGAUGUCAUCUGUUUUCCAGUAUCAUUUAUUAACUACUGGGGAAAAGUGGGACUCGGUGUAAUUUGAAACUGAACUAAAAAACAAACACAUCCCUUCACCUUGGGAAGAGAAGUUCCUGGGACUUGAUUAUACAUUUCGUAUCUGGUUCUGCUCUCAGUUGUAGGGAGGAAUCAUAGAUUCCCAAGAUGGGGCUCCUUUCCUUCAGGAGAUUGUAGCCUGUCUGAGGAGUCCUCUUCGGAGUUCACCGAACAUUUGAGUGCCUGCUUUGUGCCCAGCACUGCACUAGGCACUGGAGGUAAAUAUGAAUAAGACAUGAACCCUGCCAUCAAAAAUGGCUAGGGGGAGAGAGGUACACAUGUCUCUUAGAUGCUUUUUGUUAAUUUUUUCGUAGCUGUACAAGGCUGUUGUAAAAGUCAAAGACAAGAGGGAGGUUGAAGCAGGACAGAGGCAGUGGAGUUGAAGUUGAAGGGGUAAAGUUGGUAAGAGAUGGAGUAUACAGAAGUUCAAGUUUUUGGGCUUGAGGACUGCUUGGUUGUGAGAGGUAAAGAAAAUGAGGAAUCUAGGAAGACUUGAGUCUUGGUCAGAUGUAUUCAACCGAAAUCAAAUUCUUGUUUUCCCUAAAACUAGUACCUCCUGUGUCACCCCUAGUGAUUAUAAUUGUUGGAACAAGCCACACCCUCAGAACUAUCCUGAAUUCGUCCCUUCUUCUCACAACCACUACUACCAUCCACUCCAUCAGAAAGUUCUUCAGGUUACACGCCAGAUACAUCCCGAAUCUGCCAUUCUCUCCACCUUCUCUGUUACCAUCCUGGUCCUAGCCAGUCACCUACUGGACUGUAAUACAGCUUUCCCCACUGGUCUCCCUGCUCCUCUCGCCUCAUUAAAUCACUUUUCUACAUGGCAGAAUGAUCUCUGAAAAUGUAAACCAGAUCACAUUGUUCCCAAAUGAAAACUCUCCAAAGGCUCCCCAUCACACCUGGUAAAAUCCAGUUUUUCCUGUGGCCUACAAGGUCCUAUGUAAUCUGGCUUCUUCCUUCUUCUACGGCCUUGUUACCAUUAUCCCAGCUAUCCCAAACUUGCUCUUCCAAAUUUGACCACGCCAAGUUAUUUCCAGCCUCUAGGGACACCUGUGCCUAUGCUGUUCCUUCUGCUUGGAAGAACUUUUUUCUGUUGGCAGACAUGCCAUAACACAACUCUCAGUUUCCAUUACACCUCAAGAGACCCUCUCUGAUCACCCAAUCUGAAGUAGCCCUUUCCAGCAAUUGUUAUCACACCUGUUACAUUGGGUUAUUUUAUUUAUUUACUUUUGUGUUACUUAAUGCUCUCUGAAAUUAUCUUGUUUGGAUAUUUAUUUGCUUCAGGGAUUGCAGUGUAAAUACUUAUGGACAUCAAGUGGGUAACAUAAAUGUGUGAGUUGGGCCUCAGUUGUCUGGGUAAGAUGGUAGGACACAGCUGGGGUGAAGUGCUGUCCAGAGAGCAUGUGUCCUGGGUUAGGGGUGAGGGGGGCUGCUGCCUACUCAGGAAUUCAGCAGGAGUUGUCUGUUUCAGAGAAGCUAGAAGUUGGCAAUUUAUUAUAAAAAGAAAAAAUUCAACACUGAACUAAGCAAGAUGCGGGUGUGAGUCAGACGCAGCCCACCAACCUCUCUGGCAGUUUCUGGAUUGUUCAUUAACCUGCUGGAGUGUGACCUCUAGAGGGUAGAAUCCUUGUCUGCCUUGUCACAAGCACAGUACCUGGGACAAAGUACUCAAUAAAUGUUGAACUUAAAUCAGA